AACAACACUUUACCUUUAUCACUAAACUGUAUCAUCUCUGGAUUACAUUGGUAUGGACUCCACCUUAUUUAAAGCUAGUCAAUCAUGAUUUAGUCACCAAUGUGUUACCUGGAUUUUUUUAUCUCUCUCAAUGUGUAGUCCAUAACAACAAUCAAGGUUAUCUUGAUAUCCAACAACAACAUCUACAUCUCUCUCAUUCUGGUUUUGUUUUGUUUUUCUUUCUCUCUCUCUCUCUUCUGGUUCAGUUUCCAAUGAUUACUGUUGAUUAUCACCAAAGAAUCAAUUGAUUCCUCUGUGUUUAUCUUUUUAUUAAUUCUCUUUUCUUUUUCUUUUGUUGAUUACAUCAUUUUUACAGGAUUUUGGUUGAUAAACAUCCUUCAAAUUAACCCAAUUGUCUUUAUUCUUGGUCCUGUAUUUGCUUACACCAAAUCUCCCAAUCAACAACGAUACACAAUCCAUUUUGGAAAACAUCAAUACAACUGAUAAACAUUUAACCUGAUUUACUUCAAUUUAUAUAAUUCAUUCAAUACAAUUUUAUGAGUUUUCUUGAUCCAGUAAUUUAUAUAUAUAAAAACCCCAUCAGAUAUCAUCUUACAGUUUGGAAAUUAAAUCGCAAUUUGUUACUAAAUCAUCAUCAUCAUCAUCAUCAUCAUCAACAACAACAACAACAACAUCAUUUUUGAUUGUGUCUAUUUGUUGUUUGUGUAUUUCACUUGAUUGUUUUUAUAUCUCUCUCUCUUUUUUGGAUAUAUUAUUUACCAUCACUCACUCAGAAAAAGCAACUUAUGUGCCAUCAAGUAUAAUCUUUAACAUCAUCAUUAUCAUCAUCAGAAUAGUAACUCUAACAAUUAACAAUAAGUGAUAUCAACAACAAUCGUUUUCUACUAUUAAGCAAUUCUCAUCAUCAUCAUUUCAAUUGAUUCAGUGAAUAUUGUUUUCGGUUUUUUGAUCUUCUUUACUCAUUACAAUUAAACAAAAUGUAAUGAGAACUGUUAUUUGGAUUAAAAGUAACAAUUAACUUUGAUUAACUUUUAACCAAUCAACAAAUAUUUGGUUAAUCUUGGUCAUGUGAAACAAUUUGUUAUUCAUAUCACAAUCUCUUUGUUUAUUUUGCUCCAAUUUUCAUCAAUAAUCAAUUGCUCAAGGUUCCCUUCACCUUAACUAUUGCCUUAAAAAUUUUCUUCUAAUUACAAUUAACAUCAUUAUCAUCAUCAUGGCCUCGUCAACUGAUGGAUACAAAGACACCAAAGAUGCCAAAGAUUUUCAAGAAUGGAUCGAGAUAAAUAAAUCACGUCAUGAAACUUUAAUUGAUCAAAUGUCAACUUCAUCUCUUUCCUCAUCAUCUUCACACGAAUUAAUUAAUCAAUGUGGUAAAGGACUUAAUGGUGUUGGUAUUAAAGGGAAAAAAGUACGAUUCAAGAAGAAACUUCGUCGAGCCAAAGAUCACAAUUUAAAUUAUCGAUCAGGUUAUUAUCGUGGUGAUGAUCGGAGAAACGGUCGACCAAGUCAACUUUGCCAUUUAGUUAAAUUAUUUUCAACCUUUGGUGGUUUAAUUGCUCUUGUGGCGUUAAUAUUUGUCGUGGUUAAUGUUCAAACUCACAUUGAGUUACUUCAAAUUCAAUUAAGAUCAUUGAAUGACCAUUACCACGGGAUGGCGACAACUUUGACCGCAUUGAAAAAAAAGACCCAAGAUCAUGAUUCAAUCAUAUUAACACUAACAUCAAAUAUAAGUGCCUGUCUAAAUAAUAACAAUAAUAAUAGACUCGAGACCGAUGGUGAUAUCAAUCCCUCCCCAAUGUCAACCUCACCGUUGACCGCAACAACAACAACAAUCACAACAAAAUCUAAUAGUAAAAUUUUACCUGAUCUUAAUUGGUUGCCCAGUCAAUUGCACGAUUUAUCCUUCCAAGUAAACAAAUUAAGUCUCAAUGUGACCCAUUGCAAUGAGAAAAUGUCAACACUAGAAACCAGAUUAAACAACUCCGCUCAAACGGAGGACGGAUUGACCAAGAGCUUUUCCUAUGUGAAUAAUAAAGUUGUUGAAAAUUCUGGUAAACUUGAACAUCUAAUGGGUUUGGUUGGUCAUCUGGUUGAAGUGACCACAAACCUAACCACAUCAUCAUCAUCAUCAUCAACAACCAGUGAUCAUUUCCAUGAAAAUCGUUGAAGUUAAUCAACAAUUAAAACUGCCUUCAAGAGAGGAAACCAAAUCUAGUGAUCUUUUCAAAUUUGUUUAAUUUUUUUUGCUUCAAAACUGACAAUUAAAACCAACAUGGUCCAAUCGUUCAACAAUUAAGUGACCAACUUGAAUUGUAAUUUUUUGCUUUGCUAGAUGAAAGCUCUCAGCCAUAAAUUAUCACGUUAAUUGCUUUCUCGUCUUGAUUACCAUUUUAUAUGAUUAACGUACAUAUGUGUAAUUUUGUAUAAAUCAAUCUGAUUGAUUGAUUUUCUCUCUAAUUAUUGGCUUGUUCCUGCUCACAACAAUCAACUUAAAUUCAACUGGAUAAAAAAUUGCAACUAAAUGAUGAUUUAGCCAACGAAUCGGAUGGAAAAAGAUUAAUUUGGAUUAAUUGUUAAUCUAUUGUCAUUUCUAUGUUUCCAUCAACAAUAGAAAUUGUAAUUUUUUUCUCUUCAUCAAUUUGGUCACAACUUUUAAUUCACUCGAAUCCUGAAAAACAACAACAAUCAGUGAAACCUUAAAACAAUCAACGAGCACAAUUACAAUUCAAAGACAAAAAAAAAGACUUGAAACAUAAUAAUACAAGAUUGAUAAUAAUUAACCAUGUUCAACAGUUAAUUGUUCACCCAACAAUCAACCACCAAUCACCAAACACAAUUAUUGAGCUUCUCUAACAACAAUUAACACCAACACUUGAGUUCCUACCUCAAUAAUAAUGCUGAUGAGAAUGAUAAUAAUAAUAAUAUACCGAGAAAAAUAAUAAUUAACUAAUUGUACUUAUCAAAAAAGCAAGAAAUUUAUAAUCUCUAUGUUAUUGUUAAAAUUACAAUCUAAUUACAAUUAAACUUUAUAUUAAUAAUAAUAAUUUGAUUAAAUAAACUUGCUCCAUCAA